UAUAUAGCGAUAAUAACAGUGUAUAUAUAUAGGGAUAUAUUCUGCACCAAUCAAACACUUAAAUUAUUUAAGUUUUCCGCAUCAAAUAAAGGUCAUGUCUAGGUUCAGUGGAGCACUACAGCUCACCGAUAUAGACGAUUUUAUUACGCCUUCACAGGAAUGCAUUAAGCCCGUGCCUAUAGAUAGGACAAAGUCUAAAACUGGUGCGCAAAUCACAGUGGAAGGAGAAAGCUGCUAUGAGGAAUCCGAGAGUGGAAAGCAAAAGCUUCAGAAAGUGGAAAUCACUCUUCAAGACUGCCUAGCUUGUUCGGGAUGCAUCACAUCUGCCGAAGGAGUACUAAUCACACAGCAGAGCCAAGAAGAGCUACUCAAGGUCCUGCGUGAGAACGCUAAGAAAAAGACUACUGGGGAUUACGAAAACGUGCGUACCAUCGUGUUCACCGUGGCUAUCCAGCCUCUCCUGAGCUUAGCCCAUCGCUAUCAGAUCAGUGCGGAGGAUGCUGCGCGUCAUCUAGCAGGGUACUUUCGCAGUUUAGGAGCUGACUAUGUUCUAUGCACCAAAGUGGCUGACGACUUGGCGCUGCUCGAGUGCCGUCAAGAAUUUUUGGAACGGUACCGUAACAAUGCAAACUUAACAAUGCUCAGCUCGUCUUGUCCGGGAUGGGUGUGUUACGCGGAGAAAACGCACGGAAAUUUCAUUCUGCCUUACCUUUCCACUACCCGAUCGCCGCAGCAAAUAAUGGGGGUGCUAGUAAAGCAAUUUCUGGCUAAAAAGCUGAAUAUUCCUGGGUCACGAAUCUACCAUGUGACCGUGAUGCCCUGCUACGACAAGAAACUUGAGGCCUCCCGGGAGGACUUCUUAAACGAACAGAACAAGUCACGGGACGUGGACUGUGUAAUUACAUCAGUCGAAGUGGAACAAAUGCUGACCGAGGAUGAGCGUACACUGUCGCAACACGAUCUUGAUAAUAUGGACUGGCCCUGGUCUGAUGUAAGACCCGACUCCAUGGUGUGGGCCCACGAGUCGACUUUGUCUGGCGGUUAUGCAGAGCACAUAUUCAAGUUCGUUGCUCAUCAGCUUUUUAACGAAACCCUGUCCAAAGAGCUAGAAUUCAAACAGUUAAGGAAUCGCGACUUUCGGGAGAUUAUUCUUGAAAAGGAUGGCAAGGUCGUCUUAAAGUUUGCUAUUGCCAACGGCUUCCGAAAUAUUCAGAAUCUAGUGCAAAAACUAAAACGAGGAAAAGGGGCGAACUACCAUUUUGUGGAGGUCAUGGCUUGUCCCUCAGGCUGCAUAAAUGGUGGUGCACAGGUACGCCCCAUCACGGGACAACACGUCCGCGAGCUAACACUACAACUCGAGGAGCUAUACAAGAAGCUUCCGCGCUCCCAACCCGAAAACGUCGUAACGAAACACAUUUAUAGAGACUUUCUAGACAGUUUUCACACGGAAAAAUGUUAUGAGCUACUUCACACUAGUUACCAUGCUGUGGAGAAGCUCAGUACGGCAUUAAAUAUUAAGUGGUGAAUGUUAGGUGCUUGACUUUCUCUGUAAGAAUGAUUUUUAUGACUGAAUUUGAUAGUCCUUGUAAUAGCAAAUAAAGUGAGUGCGCAUGACCAACCCAUUGGCGAGCACAGGCGAGUGAAAAAGCA